GUACAGAGCAUUGUUUUGGAGUGUACGUUUCCCUAAUUAAAUUGCCACAAUGACAAUGGGCGAUGAACUGCCUGUCACCUCAUUGGUUUUGCCUGUUCUCAUACGUCCAGUUUUAACUCAGCUAGAAAAAUAUGAUCUGGGUGCGUCACAAACACUUCGUGCGGCGCUCACAAAGGCUGAGGCGACUGUACCAGGGUUAAACUUUGAUCUGGUGGCUGGCAUUAUGCGAAGAGCAGAUAUUCCUGUCAACAUGAAUGAGAGCCUACUGCGAUUGCAAGGGACUCUUACGGAGUCUGAAUGUGCUGACCUAAAGUUAAAUAGAUCAGAAGAAGCAUUCCAAGAGCUUAACAAGAAAUCGGCAGCUUUGAAGAAGAUAUUGAGCCGCAUUCCAGAUGAAAUUACUGACAGGAAGACUUUUCUUGAAACAAUUAAGGAAAUAGCUUCAGCUAUUAAAAAGCUGUUGGAUGCAGUAAAUGAAGUGUCGCAGUACACUCCAGGUCCUGGAAAACAGGUAUUGGAGCAGAGGAAAAGGGAGUUUGUAAAAUAUUCCAAGAGAUUUUCAAAUACUUUAAAGGAGUACUUCAAGGAGGGACAGGCGAAUGCAGUGUUUGUGAGUGCUUUAUAUUUGAUCCAUCAGACAAAUCAGAUUUUAUAUACAGUUAAAAACAAGACUGAAUAAACCAAACUACACAUCCAGAAGCAACAUACAGGAAAAUUUUAUUGUUACUGCUUUCCAUAUUUUUAUUAAUAAAGCAUUAAAUUGUUGAUGUCAUUGUAUCUGGUACCUUACCAUAUUUACUAAAGUACCUAAAAUUUAAUUUCUUAGGACCUCUAGAUGUAUAAAAAUUUUAACCUAGUUUUUAGAUAAUUAAAAUUUGGUAUAUGAGUACAUAAUUAAGAAAGAAGUAUUGUUCAUUGUAAAACAUAGCAAAAAACUAAUUAUUAUCUUAAUU